GUACUGCAUAUGAGGAUGAGCUGCGCUUCAGAGUCCUCUGAGUUCAUGCCAGCAAGCGUGGCGACCACGAGCAUCCUCCCGCUUAACCAAACAACCUUCUGGGUCCCAGCAGGCUUCUUCCGUGUAGUGCGGGGGAGCCCGGCAGCAGCCGCCCCGCCGUCGCCAUCCGUGCCACCUUCGUCUCCGUGGUGUCCCGGGAGCCGGGCUCCGCCGCAGCCGCCCAGCAUGUCGGGGGUCAAGAAGCAGAAGACGGAAAGCCAACAGAAAUCCACCAAUGUGGUCUACCAGGCCCACCACGUAAGCAGGAAUAAGAGAGGGCAAGUGGUUGGGACAAGAGGCGGAUUCCGGGGAUGUACUGUUUGGCUGACAGGUCUUUCUGGUGCUGGGAAAACAACAAUAAGCUUUGCUCUGGAAGAGUACCUCAUGUCCCAUGCCAUCCCAUGUUACUCCCUGGAUGGGGACAAUGUCCGUCACGGCCUUAACAAAAACCUUGGAUUCUCUCCUGGGGACCGAGAGGAAAAUAUCCGCCGGAUUGCUGAGGUGGCCAAGCUGUUUGCUGACGCUGGUCUGGUCUGCAUUACCAGCUUCAUUUCUCCGUUCACAAAGGAUCGUGAAAAUGCCCGUAAAAUCCAUGAAUCAGCAGGACUGCCAUUCUUUGAAAUAUUUAUCGAUGCACCUCUAAAUAUUUGUGAAAGCAGAGAUGUAAAGGGCCUGUACAAGCGGGCACGGGCGGGGGAGAUUAAAGGAUUUACAGGUAUUGAUUCUGAUUAUGAGAAGCCCGAAACUCCUGAGUGUGUGCUUAAAACCAAUUUGACUUCCGUGAGUGACUGUGUUCAGCAGGUGGUGGAGCUGCUGCAAGAGCAGAACAUCUUACCCCAUACGAUAGUCAAAGGGAUCCAUGAACUUUUUGUGCCAGAAAACAAACUGGAUCAAGUUCGAACUGAGGCCGAGUCUCUUCCUUCACUGUCAAUUACCAAGCUGGAUCUCCAGUGGGUCCAAAUUCUAAGUGAAGGCUGGGCCACUCCCCUCAAAGGAUUCAUGCGGGAGAAGGAAUACUUACAAACUCUACACUUUGACACCCUGCUGGAUGGCAUGGUCCUUCGUGACGGAGUGAUCAACCUGAGCGUCCCCAUCGUGCUGCCCGUCUCUGCAGAUGACAAGGCACGGCUGGAAGGGUGCAGCGAGUUUGCCCUCAUGUACGGUGGACGGAGGGUGGCUAUUUUAUGUGACCCUGAAUUCUACGAGCAUAGGAAGGAGGAACGUUGUUGUCGUGUGUGGGGCACAUCAUCUGCAAAACACCCCCAUGUCAAAAUGGUGAUGGAGAGUGGAGAGUGGCUGGUUGGUGGAGACCUGCAGGUGCUGGAGAGAAUCAGGUGGAAUGAUGGGCUGGACAAGUACCGCCUGACGCCUCUGGAGCUCAAGCAGAAGUGCAAGGAAAUGAACGCGGAUGCGGUGUUUGCGUUCCAGUUGCGCAACCCUGUCCACAAUGGCCACGCUCUGUUGAUGCAGGACACCCACCGGCAGCUCCUGGAGAGGGGCUACAAGCACCCGGUGCUCCUGCUGCACCCGCUGGGGGGCUGGACCAAGGAUGACGAUGUGCCUCUGGACUGGAGAAUGAAGCAGCACACAGCUGUGCUGGAGGAGGGCGUCUUGGAUCCCAAGUCAACCAUUGUUGCCAUUUUUCCAUCUCCUAUGUUAUACGCGGGCCCCACGGAGGUCCAGUGGCACUGCAGGUGCCGGAUGAUAGCAGGUGCCAAUUUCUACAUUGUGGGCAGGGAUCCUGCAGGAAUGCCCCACCCUGAGACCAAGAAGGACCUGUAUGAACCCACCCAUGGAGGCAAGGUCCUGAGCAUGGCACCUGGCCUCACCUCUGUGGAAAUCAUUCCAUUCCGUGUGGCUGCCUACAAUAAAGUCAAAAAGGCUAUGGACUUCUAUAAUCCAGAAAGGCACGAUGAGUUUGACUUCAUCUCAGGAACUCGCAUGAGGAAGCUCGCCAGGGAAGGAGAGAAUCCCCCAGAUGGCUUCAUGGCCCCCAAAGCAUGGAAGGUGCUGACAGAUUAUUAUAGGUCCCUGGAGAAGAUCAACUGAAUGCUCUUUGGUUCCAAAGUUUCUUCCUGAAGUGCUCUUUGAUUACUUUUCUAUUUUUGUGAUUAGAUGUUUUGUAUCCAAUUGUUUCUCAGUGACUGAUUUUGAAGUAUUUUAUGAGUAGUAAAAUUGUGCAUAUAAUUUAAAAUCAACUAAUAUACAAAUGUAUGUAUAUGAAGAUAAAAUUCUUACCAGGUGAAAGCAAUAUUGUUAUACAUUUCAGAGUGAAAUUAGCUACACUGUCCUAUUACUUCUGAGCAGCUAGGUUCCAGAUUUCUUAAAGCUUUGACCAUGUGUCAAAACAUAUCAACAAUGGAAUCAUAUUUUCCAGCUUAAUCUUACCCGAGUAUCAUAGCCCACUAGUAAAAUAAACCAGAUGAACUCCUCUUCCUUCCUGGAUAACUCCCUCCUCCUGGAGAUCUGGACCACACCAAGAUUCCUGCCACCUUUUACAAGACUGUAUACAGCCUUACUGCCCAAUAACCUAAGUGCUGAAGACCUGAUUGGAGAAACCAAAUGUAUGAUAAUGUUAAUCUUAUAGAUCAACGCAGUCUAACUUCUCUCAUGAAAGUUAUAUUGUCUAGUAAGAGAGGUCUCAAUGGCCUUUUGUGACUAAGUCCAACAUUGUGACUUGUCAUAGUGUUUUGAUGACAGGAUUUGUUACAUGGGAUCAAACAAUCUGGCUAUCUGGGGAAAGCUACUUCCCCUCCCCCCCCUUUGCUGUGAUCAUUAUAACCUACAGGCAGCUGGUACAUACCUGUUCCACUGCAGCAGCGGCAACAGCAGCUUUGUUGCCACAAAGCAUUCACACAAGACUAGCAAGGCGCUAGAACAGGAAAAGACCACAAAAAUACAGAAUUCAAACCUUUCAUCUUAGAGGCAGUGCAGCUCCAUGAGCUGCUGAACACUGUAACAAAAGCACAAAAGUGGGACGUAUUGGUGGCCCUGAACGAGUGCGCCAGUGAUUCCACCCUGGGGCCGAAGCUGCUUGAUCCGGGCCACUUAAAAAGCAGUCUUCUUGCAUAUAGAAAUGACUGGGCUUUUCUAGACUUUGUUAUUUUACUGCAGCUGAAAACACUUUCCCAAGGACUCAAGCUGUUCUAAGAAAUCCUGAGAUGCCUUUAUUUUCUGAAAGGUGUAUUUUCUACAUUAUGUAUAAUUCACUUUUGCCAAUGAAUGUAUAAAGAGACAUCUUUUAUAUAUAAUGGCUUUCUGGAAGGGACCUCAAUUGUAAAGAGGAAACUGUGAUUUAUUUCAUAUUGUCCAUCUUUUAAAAAUGCUAGUCUUUGCUAAUGAAUAAUAAUUGUUUUGAGAAAUUACAUACAAUGGCCACAGGAAAGUCUGUCCUUCAGUACCAAUAUUCAUUUAUACUAUUGCCUUUUUAAAAAACAGCAAACUUGUAGAAAAGGAUGUUGUGCCUUAGCUAUAUAUAUUUUUAAUAAUACAUUUAAACUGCUCUUCUGUUCAUUAGUGCAAAUGACUAUUUCUGUGUACAACUAAUGCUUGCCCAUAUUUUAAUAAAUUUCUCAAAAUAAA